UUCUUUAAAUUUGUUUGAUUUUGAUUAUACUUUGCUAGUUAUACUCCAGGUUCCAUUUUUGUUACUGGGUAUUGAAAAAGAUUUGUUUUUUUUUUUCAUCUUUAUGUUAAGUUCUGUUUUCUUUGUUAGUUACAUGCAUUGGAAAUGAUCAGUUUUGAUUGGAUUUUGUGUGAUUAGUGGAUUAUAUUAGUAAAGAAUUAGUUGGUUUUUGGUUAAUUUGGCAUCAUGAAUAUGAUUUAUAAUUAGUGAUUUUUUUGCUUUGCUAGUUACAAUCCAAUUUCCAUUUUUGUCUCUGGGUAUUGAAAAAGAUUUGUUUUUUUUUGUAUUUUUUUUUUGUUAAGUUUUUUUUUUUUUUUUGGUUAGUUACAUGCAUUGGAAAUGAUCAAUUGUGGUUGGAAUUGUGUGGUUUAGUGGAUUAUAUUAGUAAAGAAUUAGUUGUUUAGUUGUUUUUUUGGUUAAUUGGCAUGACAAAUAUGAUUUACAACAGUAAUUGUACUAACAGUCAACUCUAAAUUCUUUAAGUAAAGAGGUUACUUUGGUGAGUAAGUUGUAUUGCAUUAGUUUAUUUCUUUGUUAACUUUAGGGACUACUAGAUUUUAAAUUUUGGUCAUUCUUUUAUUUUGCUGGAGAAGGUUUAUACUCAUAGAAGCUGAAUAUAAUUCAAGAAUAAUUUACUAGGAAAUAAUUUUUAUGUUAAUUUUGGAGUUUCUCUUUAAUUCUGUCUGCUUCUAUAUUUUUAAGGUCAAAUUGUGACAUGAAUAGCAAACUAAAACCUUGAAGAACCAAGAGUUAUGUGUUAGUUAUUUACCUUUUCUUUCAGUAAUUUAAUUUUUUUUUAGGUAUGAGAUUUGUUUGGAACCCUUCCUUUACUUAUUUUUUGGAUUCCUAUCUUUACUUGCAAAUUUCCUUUAGAUUGUGUUUGCUUUUAGUUUACUAUUCUCAUGAAAAAGAUUGUGUUUGCUUUUCCUAUACAUCCCAACUUCUUUAUCCUCGUGUUGCCAAAGGAUUUCUACUUACCCUUCUAGGAUAUGCAGUAAUAAUUUAGUUUUCAUAAGUUUGUAGUAUUUCUUGCCGAGGGUCUACCGGAAACAGCCUCUCUACCAAGGUAGGGGUAAGGUCUGCGUACACUCUACCCUCCCCAGACUCCACUUUGUGGGAUUUCACCGGUGAAAAGCUGAAGAGGUUGAAUUCUAGCAGACUAGGCCUAUGGAGCCUAAUGGGCAUAGAAAGGGUAACAAAAGGAAUUCUAUUGCUGUUCAAAAUGGUGAUAUUAGCACAUUGAAUAUUGAUGAUGAGUUGGAUCCAUGGACUGCCUGGGCGAACAAACCUCACACUAUUACUUUGUUACUUAUUGGUGCAUGUUUACUCAUUUGGGCAAGUGGAGUUCUCAGUCCACAAAACACUUCUUCCGGUGAUAUUGUGGCAUCUGUGAAAAGGGGUGUUUGGGCUAUGAUUGCGGUGUAUCUUGCUUACUCUUUGCUGCAAGCCCCCUCGACGGUGCUCAUUAGGCCACAUCCUGCCAUUUGGCGCCUGGUUCAUGGAAUGGCUGUCAUUUAUCUUGUUGCUUUGACGUUUUUGCUUUUUCAGAAGCGGGAUGAUGCUCAGCAAUUUAUGAGAUAUCUGCAUCCUGAUCUCGGUAUUGAACUACCUGAAAGAUCCUAUGGUGCUGAUUGCAGAAUCUACGUAGCUGAAAUUCCCACAAACAGGUUUAAGAAUCUUUAUGACACACUGUUUGAUGAGUUUGUUUUGGCUCAUAUCAUAGGGUGGUGGGGAAAGGCCAUCAUGAUUCGUAAUCAGCCUCUUUUGUGGGUUUUAUCCAUUGGAUUCGAGUUGAUGGAGCUUACCUUCCGCCACAUGUUACCAAACUUCAACGAGUGUUGGUGGGACAGCAUUAUUCUUGACAUAUUGAUCUGCAAUUGGUUCGGUAUAUGGGCUGGAAUGCGCACUGUUCGGUAUUUUGACGGAAAAACAUACGAGUGGGUUGGUAUAAGCAGGCAACCAAAUAUCAUGGGCAAGGUCAAGCGAACACUUGGACAAUUUACUCCAGCACAUUGGGAUAAAGAUGAAUGGCAUCCCCUUCUAGGUCCAUGGCGGUUUAUUCAAGUCCUCAGUCUCUGUGUUGUAUUCUUGACUGUGGAGUUAAAUACAUUCUUCUUAAAGUUCUCUCUUUGGAUUCCUCCAAGAAAUCCUCUUAUAGUGUAUAGGUUGGUUUUCUGGUGGUUAAUUGCGUUACCAACAAUCCGCGAGUACAAUUCUUACCUACAGGAUAGAAAACCGGUGAAAAAGGUGGGAGCAUUUUGUUGGCUUUCACUGGCGAUCUGCAUUGUUGAGCUCCUAAUCUGCAUCAAGUUUGGACAUGGAUUAUUUCCGAACCCAAUGCCGAAAUGGGUGGUUAUUUUAUGGUCAUGUAUCGGCACUGGCCUUAUGACAUCCUUGGCUGCAUGGUCGUGGCAUUUACAUAGAACGAUGAGGAGAAAACGCGUUUGAGUUAGCCUUUGCAGUUCCUGGCCCGGUCAUUCUUUAUUCCUUUGCUUUCUUUUGGGUAGAGUCAACCAUGUUGUAAAUACCCAUUACCUUGUAACUGUAUAUGCUUUGCUUUGCUUUUUUAGGUUAGAUAUAUGUGAAACUUACACAAAUAACUAUCUUUUAAUAGCUUCUAACUAGUUAUAGCUACAAGUUGAAGAUUUACAAUUCGUAGCUGCUUUUGAUUA